AUGAAAAAUGAUGUAGACGACGUAGAAAGUAAUGAUGGCUCUACAGAAGAGCAAAUUGUACUAACUUCUGAGACAGGAGGUCGUCAUCCAGUUGUCCGAAGCAUGCUCCUUCGGACCAGUGAUUAUUUCCAAGGCUUGGUGAACAGUGGAAUGAGAGAUGCCCAUUAUAGAGAGCUUACGUUCCAAUGUUUAACGAAUGAGUCUUUGAAAGAAGUAAGAGAUUAUUUAUCCAGGUUGUCAACCAACGAGGUUGAAGGCAGACGUCCUCGCCUGAAGUCGUUGAAUAAAGUAGAAGCAGGAUUGGAUGGUGCCUUCUAUCUACAAAUCAAUGAUAUGAUUGAUAAUUACGUUGAAUUUUUGUUGAAACACUUAAACAUGUCAACAUGCAUUCGUAUUUUGAACAUAGCAAAUAAGUACGUUCUAACUGACCAGGUGAUCGAAAAAGUUUUUAGGUAUAUGUUGAAGAACUUCAAAGAUAUCCCAGAAAGCUUUAAAAUAUCAUUAUCACCAGACGAAAUGUUUCGCUUGGUUGCAUCAGAGGAAAUAAAUGCAGACAGCGAGAUUGAUAUUUUCAAUCUAAUUAUCAAGUGGGUUUCAGAUGAUCAGACGAGGAAAUGUUUUGUAGAAAAAUUGUUGACCGAAGUGAGGUACUGUCUGAUGACAACCGCUGAGAAACAGGAAUGUACUGCCGUACUUAAUGAUCUGAAAUUAAAUAUCUGCCAUAAUAAAGAUAAAGAUUCAAAUAUCUCUCGUACACUUGGUAUGCUCUUUGCUAUUGGAUCAACUGAAAGCAAGGACCAGGAUGGAAACUUUUUUAAUAUUCUGCGAGUUUAUGAUUUUGUUGAAGCUUGCAAGAUCUGUGAUAACAGCACCGCCAAGCCAAAACCCAUCAGAUUCAAUCCAUCAGGUAGACGGGGGCCGCCACGUGAUUUGGAUGGUUAUAAUGCUUGUGUGGUAGGCAACUGCUUGUAUCUGGUCGGAGGAAAACCGCGUAAAACUUCGAUUACUUGUAAAGUUUCCAGGUACAAUCCGGUUACAGCAGCCUGGUCUAAGUGUUGCAGCAUGAAUCUUGCGAGGCGCCAGUUCUACCUGGGAGGAUUAGCUGGCCAGCUAUAUGCAGUUGCUGGUGUCACCGCCAACUGCAGUGAAACUCCCACGGUUGAAAAAUACACACCGAGUGAAAACAGAUGGUACAUGGUGGAACCUUUACCCCUUGCUCUAUCGCAUCUGGCAGGUUGUGUGUGGAAUGGUAUGAUAUAUGUUAGUGGCGGAUGGGAUGAUUGUCGCGAUGUACGGAAUGUAGUGUACCGGUAUGACCCUUCUUGCAACAAAUGGUUUCCGAGGGCUCCCAUGUUGACGGAACGUCGUUCCCACGUUAUGACAUGCACGGGAAAUAAGAUUUUUGUUUUCGGAGGUAAAAAAGUAACACAAAAUGCAAUGGAUGGAGAGAUGUAUGAUGUAGAGAAUGAUCAGUGGUCAUCCGUGUUGAAGCUGAAGAUGCCUGUUUGUGAUUCUCCAUCCAUCACCAUCAACAACUGCCUCUAUAUCUUCGAACAUGAGUUUUUUUCGAUUUAUUGGUUUCGUAAAUAUAUUCAAAAAAUUAAUCUGGCCAAAUACUUGAAGGAGAAGAAAACGUCAAAUGAUUCAAGUUUAUCAUCAGUGCAAGGCGGGAAUGCCAAUAAUAAUAAUCUUGAACAGAAUUCUCACAGUGAUGAUGACUGCCAAAUUUUGAGCUAUAAACGACAAAAAGACAGAAUACCGUUUGAGUGUCAAUAUGUUGGUGUCAUGAUUAUGUCGGAUAUUUGA